ACAGAGUGAGACCCUGUCUUUAAAAAACAAACAAAAAUUCUGGAGUGCUUGCUCUAUGUUAGACACUGUUGUAAUAACUCAUUUAAUUCUCACAACAGACCCAUAAGAUGAGUAUUUAUUAUCCUCAUUUUAUAGAUAAACUGAGGCACAAAGAAAUCACACAACUUGCCCAGGUCCUGUGCUAUUGCUGGUUGAGCCAGAUUUCGCACCUAGGCAAAUUGGCAUCGGAACCUACACUCCUAACCACCACACAUUCUUGUAACUUGAUGGGCUUUACCUGUCAUGUCAAGACAUGUUGGGAUGCAAAAUCAACAGCAGAAAGACAAGUCAAAAAGCAACCGUAGUGGUCCAGGGACAAAAUGAUGAGGACCUGAGUCAGGAUAGGGCAGGGACAAGGAGUUGCUAAGGACACAUUUAAGAGUCGAUUAGGAUGUCAGAACCAACAACUUAAUGAGGGAGAACGGCAGACGUCUAGCUUAGGAUAUUGGUACCCUGAGUGAAGAGGGGAGUGGUGAGCCCCAUUUAGAUAUGCCAAGUCUGAGGCAUCCAGAGGAGAUGUCCAGCAGACAGGUGGAUGAACUGGCCUGGCCCAAAGACACAGCUCAGUCAUACACACAUUCAUUUGGGAGUUUAGUGGCCAAAGAAAAAAACGAUCUCCACAGGGAGGUUGGCAAAGGCUUCCUGGGUGAGGUUGGCUUUGAGCCAGGCUCUGAAAAGCAGGAUGCUCUGAGAAGUGGGGAAAUGGGGGGAGGAGGAGUGGGAGAAGGGAUGUCAGUGUGAUGAGGAGUCUACCGUGGAGGAAGCUAGGGAGUAAGGUGGGCAGGUGCUGGGUUUGGAUAGGGGAGGUUAUCAGGGAAAAGUGACAGAAAGCUUUGGAAUGACUUUUGAUGACUUCCUCCUCCUAAGUCUGAUUUUUAAAAAUGAAAAUCGUUAUGGAAUAUUUUAAACUGAUGUUCAUAGUUGCUACUCCCUCCUUUGCUCUUCCAAAGUAAUUUCUUAAAACCAAUAUUAUGGGGAGAUGUAUGCAUUCAACUAUCUUUAAUAUCCUAAAAGACCUUGUUCUUGGAUACCUGGGCCACCAGGAGACCUCUCAUGUGUCUUGUCAGUGGAAACAUGUAAAGGGGGCAAGGGAGGAAAGGUGAUGAGAGGUAAAGUCUUGAUCAAAGCAGAGAAACAGCAAGACCCCUUUUGUGUGUACAAGGAGGGUGAGCGGUGGAGCAUGGAUGCCAGAUGAGAAAGCCAGCAGGAGCGUUCUACCGGGCAAAGGACACUUCUUUGGUACCUUCUUUUCACAUGGGCCUCCUCUGGUUUUGAGUUUAGUGGAUAUAUUCAGUCUUGUUGAUAUCAUAGACCAGGAGUGGCUGUGGGCCGUGGCAGUAGCCACAUUGCUUCUGCAAGGCUGAGAACACUGCUGUUGCCUGGUUUGUCUCACAGGCUUGGAGUGUAGAAGCAUAGGAAUUAGGCUAAAGGUUGAGAAUUAGAAGAAGGAUAUGGUUUAGAAAUAGCACAAAGUUGCCGAAAGACAGUUUAACAAGACUGUUUACUUCCUCCCCACCAUUAUUAGAGCAAUACAUAAUUACCAGAAAACAUUUGGAAAAUGUGGAAGAAAUGUAAACACUUAUGGUCCAACAAUUAAUUACUGUUAACUUUUUGACAUAUUUCUUGCAAAUCUUUUCUUAAUUAUAAUCUUUUUUAGUUUGCUUUGCUUAGUUAUGAUCAAAUCAGAUAUACAAUAAUAUAUAUUAACUUUUUCAUCUAAUGUUCUAACGUCAACAUUUAUCCAUUAAACUGAAUUUUUAUUUCAUGUGUCAACCAAAACUCCCUUACCAGUUUAUGAGCAAGUCAAGGAUCUUCUGGAUGAUAGCUGAGGGAGAGAAGCAGCAACUGGGGCUAGAAGGCAGUAGGGUCAUUAGUACAGAGCACCCACGUCUGGAGCCCUAUUCAGGAAGAAGUGAAUGCUGAGGGUCGGUGAGGCCAGUGCUGGUCCUGAGGAAAUCCUUCCAUUUACCCUUCCCACCUCUCCUGAUUUUGAGAGUUCUAGACCAAUCCAAGAGUGAUUAGAAAAUUAGCCACUGAGCCUCCAAGAGGUUCCUGCAGGCCCUAGAACUAACCUUAUUUGAAAGGAAGAAUCCUGGAACCUUCCACACCUAUGAAAAUGAGACCACUUUGACUGCUGCACUCUUUAUACAGAGAAGGAAAGACCUGGGUAAGCUCCCUUUCCCUGUCUGGAGGCACGAUGGCCUCCCAGGUGCUCGGAUAACUAAUUUACUGACUCUGUUAGCUGUGUGUACCUUCUGUAGAGUAAGUGAGCGUGUGGUAGAAAUUAUGAGUAGUGUACUGGUUCCAGGUUUAUAAUUUUUUUAGUAUGUAAGUUAAUUUGUUAAUUAGUGGGCUAGUUAGUUGUGGGGAAGAUUCAUGUCAUCCAAGGAUGAAAAUAGGACCUGGAAAGGUGCUUUCUGCAGACUGCUCAGUGUCUCUGAGACAUGAACAGAUAGCUUGUUUACUUGCAGAGGAAUGUGCUAUCAGCUAGGGAAAAGAUUUUUUUUCUUCCCCUGACUAAAUUUUCUGAGUGUGGGAUAAAAAUUAAGACAUUCGGAGUAACAAUGAAAUGGUUUAAUGUAUCAUUUAUAUUAAAUACAAGUUUAUUGCAAUGCUUUUCUCUCCCUAUUUGGCGUGUUCCACCUUCUUAAUCUAACCUAAAUUGUUUCAAGAUUGUAUUCAGCAUGGCACAUGGGGAAAUCACACAGUUUGGAAACAGGCCCACUUGGGUUUGAAUCUGGCAAAGGAACCGACACAAUCCUGCUGUAUUUUCUCAAUAGUUGUAUAUUCUCAGCGGUAAGAUGGAAGUAGUAACACCUAUCUCCUUAGGAGUAUGCAAGAUGAGGUUUGUGAACUAUUGGGACCUACAGCGUUGGCCCUUGGUGAACAGUGGUUAUUAUCUCUUCCCACACUACCACUUAGGAGGCCCACAUGCCUGGCAGUCCCAAUGGCCUGGUCUGGCCUGACCUGCCCUUGAAAUGAGAUGCCUGAAAUGUGAUGGCUGGUGCUCUAUGCAUGCACCCAAGGAUGCUUGAGGAAGAUAAAAACAGCCAGCUUUCUCAGAGAUUUAUGGUUCUGAAGUUCAUCUUUACUUCCCAGUGCAACGUCAGCUUAAAGAAGCAGAGGAGCCGCAGCAUCCUUAGCUCCUUCUUCUGCUGCUUCCGUGAUUACAAUGUGGAGGCCCCUCCACCCAACAGCCCCAGUGUGCUUCCGCCACUGGUGGAGGAGAAUGGUGGACUUCAGAAGGGUGACCAGAGGCAGGUCAUUCCCAUACCAAGUCCACCGGCUAAGUACCUUCUUCCAGAGGUGACGGUGCUUGACUAUGGAAAGAAAUGUGUGGUCAUUGAUUUAGAUGAAACAUUGGUGCACAGUUCGUUUAAGCCUAUUAGUAAUGCUGAUUUUAUUGUUCCGGUUGAAAUCGAUGGAACUAUACAUCAGGUGUAUGUGCUGAAGCGGCCACACGUGGAUGAGUUCCUCCAGAGGAUGGGACAGCUUUUUGAAUGUGUGCUCUUUACUGCCAGCUUGGCCAAGUAUGCAGACCCUGUGGCUGACCUCCUAGACCGCUGGGGUGUGUUCCGGGCCCGGCUCUUCAGAGAAUCAUGUGUUUUUCAUCGUGGGAACUAUGUGAAGGACCUAAGUCGCCUUGGGCGGGAGCUGAGCAAAGUGAUCAUUGUCGACAAUUCCCCUGCCUCAUACAUCUUCCAUCCUGAGAAUGCAGUGCCUGUGCAGUCCUGGUUCGAUGACAUGACGGACACGGAGCUGCUGGACCUCAUCCCCUUCUUUGAGGGCCUGAGCCGGGAGGACGACGUGUACAGCAUGCUGCAUAGACUCUGCAAUAGGUAGCCCUGGCCUCUGCCUGCCUCCCGCCUGUGCACUCUGGAACCUCUGGCCUCAGGGGACCUGCCUGUCCUCAGCUCCCUGGAAGCUGAAAGUGAGGAUACUCCGUGCUCCAUGCCACAGGGUGAAUGUGGCCAUGCCUACCUGUUUUGUUUUUUUAAGAACAGAAACAACUAUUUUAAAAGAACUCUUUUAACAAAUUUCAUAAAGGGACAUGCAUUUUACUGGAUUUGCUUUUCUUAAAACAUACCAAAAAGAAAAAAAUAGAAAAAAAAAAAAAAAAAAAAGCUUGAUCUCUAUCAGACUUCCUUUCAACUGUCCUCCCUUCCAAGCAGACCACCUGUCCCCUUCUAUCCCAGCUCGGAGCAGCUGACCCAACUCAGAAUCUCUUUCCUACAGGAAGAAGUGCCUUUUGAAUGUUAUUUUAAGCUGAGAGUUAAUUUUUCUACACAACAUAUUUCCAGACAUCGUUGAGUCUUUUAUUGUCUUAGAUACUAUAAGAAGAUGAACAUGACAAUUUUCUAGAACCUGGUAGUGUGUGUGUGUGUGUGUGUGUGGCGGGGGGUGCUGAGGGAGGGGAGUGAGUCACAGGAGCCUGUCCCCCAACAGGCUGUGACUUUGCUCUGACAACCUGUGGCAUGCUGCAGGGUCAGGCUCCUGAUAGGAGGAUUUCAUGACUAUGUCAUUGUCUCCACUCAUUUUUGACCCAGUUUGGAAUGUAUCUGCAAUUGUGUAGCUCAACACUUUAGGAAACAAUAGAUUAUUUUAUAUUAUUAUUUCUGAUGGUGACAACUUUGUCUUGAGGUCACAUUUUCCCCUUGAAAAGUGACAUCCUGUCCAUUCUGCUCUUACACUACUGCCAUACAUUUGUGUUUUUUGUUGUUAUUGUUUGGGGUAGAGCAGUUACAAGAAACCCUAAAACUUUUGGAUAUAAAAUAAAUGUUUAUUGAUUUUUAAAUCUUUCCUUUCCAAAAGCUGGAUACAUAUGGAGCUGUUUGGGAAUUUUCCUUGCUGCUACCGCGCUGCCACCAAAUGGAAUUGACCAGCGGCUGUUACACUGUUCUUUGCCACUGUGCCUAUGCUCAGAAUAUGCUCACUGCUAAGCUACAAACUCGGACAGGGUCAAAAACAGAGGUGUCCCACCCCAUUGCAGCCUCCACCACCUGUAACCCUUUCCUGGCAUUGGCCACUGAAGGGUACAAAGGCAAAAGGGCCAAAGCACCACUUAGGUGUGGCAUGGAUUUUAAACUGCAGUCAGUAACAGAUCCUGUUUGAUAAAUAAGCUGACUGUUCUCUCUUGAGAACCCGUGGCCUCAACCAGCCACCAAGCUGAUGUGGCCCAAGUCCAUCUCUUGGUCUUCUCCUUUGAAGCACAGCCUAUUUCUGAGCCAAGGGUUGGGGAAGCCUGUCUAGAUGUGGGACUCAAUGCCCCAAACCGGGGAGAGGAAAGCCUCCCUCCCUGCAAGGAGAGCCCAGGCGCUCUGCAACCUUUCCCAGUUUGGUGUUUAAGCAGUGCCAUGUUCCUUGUUUGACAACAAGACGGUCUGUAAAGUAUUGCUCUUAAAAACAAUUAAAAAGGACCCUUUCAUGUUGGCACCAUUGCCUUAGUCCUCUGCGGGUUGGUCUUCAGCCAGCGUUCUGGCGGGAGUGACUGGCAUUAACAAGACUGGAAAUCGGGGGUCAAAGUAAAAUAUCUUUGCUUUGUUUUCAUUCACAAAGUAAUGAAGCCAGCUGCCAAUUACGUCCUCCCAACAGCACUUUGGUCUGUGGACUACUGUGUGAAUAUUCAGAAAGGAAGUAAGUAUUCGGGGAUGAACAGGUCUCCCAAACCCAGUAAUCCACUCGCCAAUUCAAAUAGAACAGCCCCUUGCUAGGUAUUACCACAGAUAAUGACAGUUACAUGGUAGAACUGCCCAUGCCACAAACCUUUAUUAUUUGGAAAAAUAGUCAUUAAAUGAACCCACUGCCUUAAAUGUCUCGAAUGUUGCAGUCAAGUGUCUGUCAUGUGUUGAUAUCCACACAGAAUUAGGCCCUAAUGAGAGCCUUAGACCCUCAACCAUGCCCCCUUCGUUGGCAUCACAGGGCCUUAUUUGGAAGAGGGGGCAAAGAGGAUGGAAAUCGUAAAAUAUUUCAGGGGAAUCGAACCUAGGAAUAGUGCUCCACUUCUGACGAUGGAGUGAAGACACUUGGCAGGCUUGAGCCAGACAUUUCACCUAGUAGUUCCUGAAACUGUGAGCACCGUUGCACUAAGCCAGUGCAGAGCUGUUAGGGACGGGGCCCAGCUCCUGCCACCACAGACACAGAAUGUCUUGGGAGGGCCAGCAGGCCCUCUGAGGGUUCUGGAAUCUGUGCACCUUAUUUGAUCACACUCCAAAAUUCCGUUUUUAUUUUAACCCUUGAACCUGCUUUAUGUAUAUAAUCAAAAUAUCUAUAUCUAUAUCUAUAUAUAUUUUUAAUCAUCUACAUGUAAAUGAAGCAAUAGAAUUCUAACAUAAGGCCAAGAAAUGAGAUGAAUGUUUGGGGUUUAUGUUUUUUAAGGUAAAUACGGGUAUUGUUUUUAAUUAUUACCAUUUAUUAAAUUGUGGGCUUUGAAACCUAAUGAAACCUGUUAGCCACUUCUCUGUGCCAUAUACUUCCCAUGUUACCAAAAUACCCCCAACUCUUUAGUCAAAAGAGAACCCUGACCUCCUGAGUUUCCACGGUCCUUUCUGUACCAGGUUUAAAUAUAGUCUUCUGGAGAAGUCUUUUUGACAUUAAGCUCUGGGACAGGACACCUUGGGUUUGUGGACUCCAGCCCACUAUGAUGUUAUGACUUCUCUGGCCAGGCCUCUGGUGGAAGUGCACGGGCACUCCCAAUGUUGUUAAUGCUCUGUCUUCCAUUUGUUCUGGAAUCCUGUGUGUUGGUCUGUUGUUCCAUGCAUUAGCUGUUUGUAAGUAAUGCAUUUGCAUACUGAAAAAGGAAUGCCACCUGCCACAGUUGAUGGUGAGGAAGGUCCUUUGACGUGGUGCAAUUUUGAUGAGAUGUCUCUGGGGACACGAGGAUGCCCUAAUGAUGCUGACUUGUCAUGGUUGCAGCAUUUGAACUUUUGGUGUUUAAAAAAAAAAAAAAUUCGUUAAGUCUAUAACCUGGCAACAUUUUACAACCCUGUAUUUUUAAAGAUGGCUUUCUAAUAAAAAAUCCAGAACCACACAGCCCUAUGGUCAAACACUCCUACGUUUGUGCCUCUGCUCUUAAAGGUGCUGUGCUGGACAGUUGGCAUGCCAGGGUUUGAGAAGAGUGGAUGGCUUGACGUACUUGCAGUUAACUGUUCAUAAUUGACUGGCUGCCUCUGUUCCUACCGUACUGUAAAUUUGAUCAUGUCUGUUCCUGUUCCAUUCUCCCAGGAGCUUCUCUGCAGACUGACACACCCUCCCCCACCCCAGGUAGUGGAGAUGCUGGUGUCUGGGUAGUCAUGGAUUUCUGUUGGACAUUUGAAUGUGAUAAACAAUCCAGCAUUACUUGGGAAAUGCUACAUGUGGAAUGUGCAUGUUUCCAGGGGCGAGUAUUGUCAAUCAAAAGGUUUGCAAUGAUUUCCUUCCUGCCAAAAAUAAACAUGUGAAACUGCG